AUGCUGAUCUGCGGCGAAGAGAAUGCGCCUACGCUCAAGGAAGUAGUAUCGAAAGUCACCAGAUGUGAAUCCUGCACCGAUCAGUUGUCGCUCGACUCAGACCUCGAGAGUCUGCAUCCGCUUGUGCUCAAAGAAGGCUACUUUAGCGAAGUUGACGUCAAGACAAUCAGUAGGAAGUUGGAAAACAGUCGCAGGCCGGAGUGGGCACUCCUUCCAAGAAUCUACAUCAUUCUUUGUCGGAUAGGACGGCUUGAUCUCAUGCCAACAUUCCUCAAAGAGGACCUUACGGAUAUCCUGAUCCCCUUUGAUGUACCACUUCUCCGACAACUAGUCAAAGGCCGUGAGGAAAUCUUGGAGUUCUUGAAAGCACAGGAAAUGGUUCUGAGCCGACACUUUCUACCCGAGGAGCAUCAGUAUUUCAUUGACGGGAACGACCAUUUCCAGGAGGUCAGAAAGCUUGGCUCUGGAGGAUUUGGUUCAGUGUCGCAUUGUAUUGACCCUGUCAGUAAGAUGGCUGUUGCAAAGAAAAUCAUUCGACGUGGCCAGGUGAUCCUACGCAACCGCUCAAAGGAUUACACCAAUCUCUACCAAAGAGAGCUCGCAGUGCUGCGUCGAAUAUCCAAAAAACGGAACCGUCACCUUGUUAGCUUAAUCGGCAGCUAUACAGACGCGACACACUUCGCGAUCUUGUCAUUACCGGUGGCGGACAUGAACCUGGCAACGUAUCUAGAUACUAUGCCUGAUCUCGGCAACAUCGCUCAUUGGUUUGGUUGUCUUGCUACGACACUGCAGUUCCUUCACAACGCCAAGAUUCGACACAAAGACGUCAAACCCCAGAAUUGCCUCGUACAUGGCGAUAAUAUCAUUCUCACAGACUUUGGUCUAAGCCUUGACUGGAGCGAGAAAAGUCGCCCCACGACAUCAGGUCGGGUUGAGGCUCAGGACCGACAAUACUGCGCACCAGAAGUUGCCGAAUGGGAACAAAGAAACGAAUCUUCAGACAUAUGGGGCCUAGGAUGCGUAUAUCUGGAGAUGUACUCGGUACUCCACGGCUAUUCGCGAAAAUCCAUCAAAGAGUAUUUCAUCAACCACGGCAGCCAGUCAUCUUGGUAUCAGAGAAAUAAGGAAGCUUUGAAGUCGUGGCUCUAUUGUCUAAGCGAAAAGGCUUCAAAGGAAAAUGGACAAAGGCAGAGAACUUUGAGUGCCUCGUGGCUCCGCUAUCGUGUGGCCGAGACAUAUCCGCUCAACUUGAUCCAACGGAUGGUGUCGUUUCACAAGUACAAGCGACCUACCUCCGAGGAGCUUGUGAAAGAGAUGUUCUCUUUAAGUGGUGUGAGCAGGAAGGUCAGGAGGACAUUCUGUGGCCGGUGUUGCAUCAACGAGUACAACAAGUGCACAGAAUCACCGGAGGAGGAGUCGGACGAGUCGGACGAGGAGGAUUGGACUCUCAUCACAGAAACUGAUUUCGACUUCUAG